ACUGACUCUGUCUCUAUCCGCCAUGUUAGAUUCACCCCGCAGCGAUAGCAGCAGAUCUGGCAGUGAACGAUCCCUGCGUUGGCCUCCAGCAGGCACCCGCCGGGGGCAGGAAGCUGGCUGUAAAACAUUGACUAAGAGGAAAAGCUGACUUUUGCCAAGCAAAGGUGAGUCAGAUGACCGGUAAGGGGACCUUAACUCUUGACUUGGUGGUGUCAGCGCCACGCUCUCCCAACCCCACAGCAUGGAACCACAGGUUACUCUAAAUGUGACUUUUAAAAAUGAAACUCAAAGCUUUCUGGUUUCUGAUCCAGAAAAUACAACCUGGGCUGAUGUGGAAGCUAUGGUAAAAGUCUCAUUUGAUUUGAACACUAUUCAAAUAAAAUACCUGGAUGAGGAAAAUGAAGAGGUAUCCAUCAAUAGUCAAGGAGAAUAUGAAGAAGCGCUUAAGAUGGCAGUUAAGCAGGGAAACCAACUGCAGAUGCAAGUACAUGAAGGGCACCAUGUUGUUGAUGAAGCCCCACGCCCAGUUGUAGCAGAAAAACGACUAGCUGCCAGAGCAGGGAAGAAGCCACUUGCACAUUAUUCUUCACUGGUAAGAGUCUUAGGAUCAGACAUGAAGACUCCAGAGGAGCCUGCAGCACAGUUGUUUCCACUUGCUUCAUGUGACAUAGACCAGCCUCAAGACAAGCCCCCAGACUGGUUCACAAGCUACCUGGAGACAUUCAGAGAGCAAGUGGUUAAAGAAACGGUUGAGAAGCUUGAACAGAAAUUACGUGAGAAGCUUGUCCUCCAGAACCCACCCUUGGGUUCCUGUCCCUCAGAAAUCUCAAUGCCUAUUUCAGAAGAAACACUGUUUUUGCCAGAAAAUCAGUUCAGCUGGCAUAUUGCUUGCAGCAGCUGCCAAAGACGGAUCGUUGGUGUGCGCUACCAGUGUAGCCUAUGCCCAUCCUACAAUAUCUGUGAGGAUUGUGAAGCAGGGCCAUAUGCCCAUGACACUAACCAUGUCCUAAUGAAGUUGCGGAGACCAAUUGUGGGUCCCUCUGAACCAUUCUCUCACUCAAAGUACUCUACUCCUCGUCUCCCUGCUGCUCUGGAACAAGUCAGGCUCCAGAAACAGGUUGAUAAGAACUUUCUUAAAGCAGAAAAACAAAGGUUGCGAGCUGAGAAGAAACAGCGUAAAGCAGAGGUCAAGGAACUUAAAAAGCAGCUUAAACUCCACAGGAAGAUUCAUCUGUGGAAUUCCAUCCAUGGACUCCAGAGCCCCAAGGCUGCUUUGGGCCGACCUGAGAGUUUGCUCCAGUCUCAUACCUUGAUGCUGCCUUUGCAGCCCUGUGCCCCAGUUAUGCCAACACUCAGCGCAGCAUUUGUGGAUGAGAAUUUGCCUGAUGGGACUCACCUUCAGCCAGGAACCAAGUUUAUCAAACAUUGGAGGAUGAAAAAUACAGGAAAUGUAAAAUGGAGUGCAGACACUAAGCUCAAGUUCAUGUGGGGAAACCUGACUUUGGCUUCUACAGAAAAGAAGGAUGUUUUCGUUCCCUGCCUGAAGGCCGGCCACGUGGGAGUUGUGUCUGUGGAGUUCAUUGCUCCAGCCUUGGAGGGAACAUACACUUCCCAUUGGCGUCUUUCUCACAAAGGCCAACAGUUUGGGCCUCGGGUCUGGUGCAGUAUCAUAGUAGAUCCUUUCCCCUCCACAGAGAGCCCUGAUGACAUUGAAAAGGGCUUGAUAAGCUCAGGCAAAGCUGAUGAUCUCACCUGCCAGCAAGAGGAAACUUUUCUUCUGUCUAAAGAAGAAAUUCAGUUUGGUAAAGCCAGUGAGCAGAUGGAAGGGACAGCAACUUGCAUCCCACAGAAGACAAAAAAUGUUGCCAGCGAGAGGGAGCUCUACAUCCCAUCUGUGGACCUUCUGACUGCCCAGGACCUGCUGUCCUUUGAGCUUUUGGAUAUAAACAUUGUCCAAGAAUUGGAGAGAGUGCCCCACAACACCCCUGUGGAUAUGACUCCCUGCAUGUCUCCUCUGCCACAUGACAGUCCUUUAAUAGAGAAGCCAGUCUUGGGGCAGAUACAGGAAGAGAGUGAAGGGGCAGGAUUUAAAGUACUUCCUGAUUCGACAGUGUCAGUAAAGAGGAAGGGUGAGAACACUGCUUCAGUGGAGGAAGCAGAAGACCUGAGUGGGACCCAGUUUGUGUGUGAGACUGUAAUCCGAUCCCUUACCUUGGAUGCUGCCCCCGAUCACAACCCCCCUUGCAGACAGAAGUCCCUGCAGAUGAAAUUUGCCUUGCAUGAAGAGAGACUACUUGAAGAUGAGAGGGAGGAGAUUAUCCAUAUCACUGAGGAAGAAGUUGUGGAGGAGGAGGAGGAGUUCAAAGAUGAAGUUCAGAGUCAGUCCUCUGCUUCCUCAGAGGAUUACAUCAUCAUCCUGCCUGAGUGCUUUGAUACCAGCCGCCCCCUGGGGGACUCCAUGUACAGCUCUGCACUCUCUCAGCCAGGCUUGGAGCGAGGGGCUGAAGGCGAGUGUGGGGUUGAGGCUGGGCAGGAAUCAGCCAAAGCUGAGGAGAGACUCCCUGGAGGGGAGAAGCAGCCACAGGAGCACAGCAUCAGUGACAUCCUCAUGACCUCACAGACUCUGGAAAUGGUGCCCCUUAUCCCAGAGGUGGUGGAGCUUCCACCACCGCUGCCCAGGACCCCUCGUGUACAGCGUCAUGGUUCCCCAGAAGUGGAUUUACCAGUUAACGUACCAGAAGUUUCUUCAAUCCCUGAUCAGAGCAGAGGAGAGCCCAGAGGCUCAUCAGGACUUGUAAACAGCAGACAGAAGAGCUAUGACCACUCAAGGCACCACCAUGGUAACAGCAUUGCUGGAGGACUGAUGAAGGGGGCUUUGUCUGUUGCUGCCUCUGCAUACAAGGCCCUGUUUGCUGGGCCACCAGUCACUGCACAGCCAGUAGUUUCCGAAGAUCAGACAGCAGCCCUGAUGGCCCAUCUCUUUGAAAUGGGAUUCUGUGACAGGCAGCUGAACCUAAGGCUGCUGAAGAAACACAAUUACAACAUCCUUCAGGUUGUGACAGAACUCCUUCAGGUCAACAACAAUGACUGGUACAGCCACCGCUAUUGAAGAGAGUGACCUUGUAUUAAAUAACUGCCAGCUGCUCAGAUUAUCUUUAUUCUGUCAUUGGGGUGUGAGGUAGAAGCCCUUGCUUGUUUUUUAAUCUGAUGAAUCUAUAUAGAGCCCUUGAUUGAAUUAUCAAGACAAUACCUGUUACAGUAUUUUUUUGGAACAAAUCAAAGACCAGAACUUAAAUUUUCACUUUAGACUUUGGACGAAUAGUAAGACGACAGUUUUUCAAUUGGUUUGGAUAAAACUCCAUUUCAGUGCUUAGAAGAGUAUAACUUCCUGUACAACCAUUUUCUUUCUGCUUGUAUUGUAGUUAUUUUUCUUUGCUUAAUGUGGAUGUUUUUAGGGGGAUAUCUGUUGUCAGUUUUUAAAAGAAAUUAACCUUGGAAAUUGUUUUCAAUAAUCAUUCUUAUAAUUUCUGUAACCUACCCCAAGCCUCAUAGCUAUGUGGCAUUGGUAUAACACCCAGAGCAUGAUAGAAACGUUGCUACUCUUUCCUUCUCACGAACAAAGUCAUUUUCCUGCAAGACUUUGUAAUCGGCACCGUUUCUUUCCAAAGACCCUAUUGGUGCAUUUAAAGGUAUCUGCCUUCUGUAAAUCUCUGCAUUUCAACGAAAGGAGAGAAAAGUGUGCUAAUUAACCCACCAGCACCUUUGGAGCAGUGUCCAUUGUAAUUUUGCAUAUAUUUUUCUUUUAUUUAAGGAAAAAAGUUUAGGUAGUGUGAAAUAUUUUGCUAAUCCUGUAGAAAAGGAAAAAAAUCCUUCUGUUACUUAAAGGGAAAAUUAAGUUUAACAGUAACCUUUUGUCUUAAUGUCAAGGCAGAUCUUAUUUUACGGUAGAGUGGGGGUAGUAGAAACGUGAAAAGUGAAAGACACCUUCAUUAAUAGCAGUAAAGUUCAGGGGUGAGGAUAUGUGUGAGAGACAUAGGAAAUGCUGAUGACUUCUUGAAUGUUUGAAAUCUGUUCGGAGGUAUCUAGCCCUAGAGAGCCUGAAACAGGAAGACGCGGCUAGUGUUUUGCAAAACCUGGGUGGGGGCAAACUCACUGAAAGUUUUGGUUUAGCUCCGGGAUGAAUGGGAAAGAGCUUGCUUCCAGGGGCCCAGGUUCACACUGUUUACAGACAGCAGUCUUGGCUACGGUUGGUGAAGGAAGAGGUAACAAAAAAUGCUUUAGGUUUUAUUCAUGAAAAUGACUUCCAGAAGAAUCUGUACCCCAGCCCCAAGGAGGAAGGAUAGUUAAAAUAGUAUUAUUAGCCUGGUUGGUAUUUAUAAUGAAUGACGAUUUUAAUUAAUCAGUAGCCAUAAUGAUGUUUAUUUACAGUGUAACUGUUGAAUGCUACUAAAUAAACCGGGAUUCAGACCGCAAGCCAACAACUAUUAUUUAAAACGUUUUUUCGGGGCUUCUGGGUAGAAGGCGAGCGGCAGGGUGUGUGUAAUCGGGUUGAUUUCGGGCGGGACCUGUCUUGACCAUCUGAGUCUUAUAGUAAGGGUCCAAGAGGGCCCGUGGGUUCGGUCAUCCGCCCUGUUGUACUUGUACAUAACCAUUUAAAGAAUGGUGAAAUAAAUGUUCUCGGAAACUCUUA